AUGGCAAAUCCUCUCGACACCGACGCCGGCUCGGAGCUGUUCAGCAACUACGAAGCAGAGCUGAAGCUGGUACAGGCGGACAUAUCGCAAAAGCUGGAUCAGAUCCCUGAGCUGCAAGGAGAGCCGCGGAAAGCAGCGAUAGCCCAGGCUGACCGAGCGUUGGAGGAGGCCAAAGAAUUGCUCGACUCCAUGAGGCUGGAGAAACAGAACAUCCCACAGGCAUCGAAAGUGAAGGUCAAUCAGCGCUUCAGGAACUAUGAGAGCGAUGUGGACGCGGCAAAGAGGAAGCUGAAGAGCCUGCACGAUGACAGACAGGCGCUAUUCGGCAAGCGAUAUACCGACAACCCAACACAGGACGAUCAGCUCGAACAACGGCAACAGUUGCUGAGCGGUACGGACAGGCUGGAACGCUCAAGUGGCAGGUUACGGGAAUCGCAACGGAUAGCAUUGGAGACGGAGGAUAUUGGCAGGAACACUCUGGCCGACCUGGGCAGACAGCGCGAGACAAUAGAGCACACCCGUGGGACCCUGCUGGAAAGCGAAGGGUACACGGAUCGGAGUAACAAGACGCUCAAGGGCAUGGCGAGAAGAAUGGCUACCAACAAGAUCAUCACAGUUGCUAUCAUCACGGUGCUGGUCAUCUUGAUCAUUGCUGUAGUUGUCAGCAAGUUCAGAUGA